AUGAUCAUGGGAUGCUCCCCUAAUAAUCCUAAGAUUGCCUUUGUGAACCGUGUUUUGCAAGCGAGACAACGUGCGACUGGGUGGCACGUGGUUUCACAUGACAUGUUCUUGUUCUGCCGUCGCCCCUUUCUUGCUGUUUCCCUCCCACUGGAACUGAUUUCCUGACAUCAACGCCCCCUUUCAAGCCCCCCACAUCGCAUUCAAUUCAACUCGAGAAGCCUCCGUUCCCUUCAAAGAUCUUCUCUUUCCGAUCCUCUCUGCACACCCACCAAUCGCUUUUACGUAAUUUCGCACCACGUCGAGCUCCCCAAUUUCGUCAUCCUUUUCUUGAUUCAAGAAUCUGCGGCGUUGCGGCCUCGAUCGAGUUGGAUUGCGCCGCGCCGCAGCAAACGGCUUCUUGACGCGAGUGUGGCGUGCACGACGAAAUCUUGCCCUUUUGAUGGCUUCUUGAUCGAAUCUGGGAAAUGGGUGCUCGUGAAUUCUUGAUUCGGUGGUAGAAUUGUUGGGGGGGGGAGUGGCCGUAAGAUGAGGCGGCGGGCCGCCGACUACCGGCGCCCGGUGCGGAGGAAGUAUUGGUGUUGGAUCUGGGCUCUUCUUGGCCUGUUCUUAGUCGCUGGGUUGCUGUUGUUCGUGGUUCAGCAUAAUCAAAAUGAGGAUCGGGACGGGAAGCCUGUGCAGGAAAGAAGAGAAAGUCCUCAAUGGGAAGCUCAUCGGGUUUUAAAUUUUACUGAAGAAUUAGUGAGCACGACAUCACUUUCUCGGCAGUUGGCAGAGCAAAUGACACUUGCCAAGGCGUAUGUCGUCAUAGCAAAGGAACACAACAACCUUCACCUUGCAUGGGAGCUGAGCUCAAGAAUACGAAGUUGCCAGCUCUUACUCUCAAAAGCUGCAAUGAGAGGAGAGCCCGUCACGUUAGAUGAGGCGGAGCCAAUCAUUAAAAGCCUAUCUUCUUUAAUUUUUAAGGCACAAGAUGCGCACUACGACAUAGCAACCACAGUAACAACAAUGAAAUCCCAUAUCCAAGCCCUUGAAGAGCGUGCAAAUGUAGCUAUAGUUCAGAGCACAGUAUUUGGACAACUGGCAGCGGAAGCAUUACCAAAAACCCUCCAUUGCCUAAAUGUGAAACUCACCGUGGAUUGGAUCAGGAACCCAUCGCUGCAACAACUCACGGAAGAGACUAGAUAUUCUCCUCGGCUUGUCGACAACAAUCUGUAUCACUUCUGCAUAUUCUCUGAUAAUUUGCUGGCGACAUCUGUAGUUGUUAAUUCUACUGUCUCUAAUGUGGAUCAUCCUCAACAGCUUGUCUUUCAUGUUGUAACGAAUGGAAUAAGUUAUGGAGCCAUGCAGGCAUGGUUUCACCGUAAUGACUUCAAAGGAGCAACCAUAGAAGUGCAGAAUAUCGAGGAGUUUACUUGGCUGAAUGCUUCUUUUGCUCCUAUCAUGAAACAGCUGUCGGAUCCAGAUGCUGAGCCGAAGAUGUGGAACCAAAAGUAUUUAUCUUUACUAGAUCACCUCCGCUUUUACAUCCCUGAUAUCUACCCGCAGUUGGAGAAGGUGGUUUUUCUGGAAGAUGAUGUAGUCGUCCAGAAGGAAUUGACCCCGCUGUUUUCGUUGGAAUUGCAUGGAAAUGUUAAUGGAGCAGUGGAGACGUGCCUGGAGGCAUUUCAUCGCUACUACAGGUAUCUUAAUUUUUCGAGUCCGCUCAUAAGCUCCAAGUUUGAUCCUCAAGCAUGUGGGUGGGCAUUUGGAAUGAAUGUUUUUGAUCUGAUUGUGUGGAGGAAAGCAAAUGUUACGUCUCGGUAUCAAUAUUGGCAACAGCAGAACACAGAUGGGACGCUGUGGAAGCUUGGCACGCUUCCACCUGGCCUUUUAGCCUUUUAUGGACUCACAGAGCCACUCGAUCGACGAUGGCAUGUGCUGGGUUUGGGCUAUGACAUGAACAUCGAUAGUCGUCUAAUAGAGAGCGCAGCUGUCAUUCACUUCAAUGGCUAUAUGAAGCCAUGGCUCAAGUUGGGCAUUGGCAGGUAUAAGCCUCUGUGGGAAAGGUAUGCGAAUACAAGUCAUCCGUAUCUCCAAGACUGUGUCACAGCAUGAAAUGUUCUACCUCUUGAUUGUUGGUAGCUCACGCAAUGACCGACACUUUCGUCUAGCUGCUACAGCUCUGGCAUAGGGUUACAAGCAGAAAAUUUUGAAUGUUGUUAGGAGGUUUUCUUCUCUUUUUCCCCAAUUAUAUCUCAAAUUAUUAGGAUUAUUCUUACAGAGGAUAAAGUGAAAUUCAUUAUUAUAUGAGGCUUCAAAUUUUUCUGGUGGAAUCUUUUGUUACCCUUCUAGAAGUAUAGAGUUAUUCUUUUUCCCCCUUUCAAUAGCGGAUUUUGUAAUUAUCUCUUCUCAUUUUAAGAGGGAAUGGAAAAGUUACUGGUUGUCUUGCGAUGCUCGUCUGGUCUGCAGAGGCCUUUGUUGUGACAAUUUAUAUUGAAUAAACAAUUGACCAACAAUGGUCUUUUGAUAGUUA